AUGGCCGACUACUGGCAACCCCAAUCGUCCUUUGCGAACCCUAGCUGGGUUCAGGGCAACCAGUCAUGCUGGCGCUCUUCGACAUUUCGUGACUUGAUCCAUGCUUUCCCUAAACCCAAGCGGACGGGUCGAGUGAUGAAACCCCGCAGCGCUGGGAACAGUCCUUCGUCUGCUGGCAGACGGCGCACAGCAACCAUCCCUUACAGUUCGCCCAUGUACCAAGGCUACCAGGCUCCCGUCAACACUGCCUUUGUAGCCUCUGCACUUGCCCGAACUGGCCAGAACCGUCCGACAAGUUGGCAUCCGGCUUUGGAGCCUGUUAGCUAUCCUACUACUCAGUAUGUGCCAGCAACUACGGCGUUGGACAACUUUGCCGCCAUUGGCGUGUGCCCUCAGCCACUGCCUACUGCCUCUGCAACCUUCGACAACUCUUCCAUGAUGUCAUCCUACACCUCAACAGAUAUUCCAUGCUCGGAUAUGGGAUUCCCUUCCCUGCCUGAUGCACAGCAUCAGAUGUCGCUCCAACAAUCUACCAUGCUGCCGAUGAGCGAGUCUCAAAUUGAGCCCGUCUCCUGGGACACCAGCGCUUCAACCUUGUCGGCAAUGGCAGAACCUAUGUCUGACUGCUACUCUUUCGACAUGUCAUCCAUGCACAACAACAUCCCUCCAGUCUACGUCGCAGGUUCGAGUUAUGAGAGUGUACCGUCGUCGGGUUGCUUGACUGGCCCCCCUACGCCUGACUUUCUACCUAUUCAGCGACCUGAUGACGACCUGCAUUCGCAGGUAGAGUCCUUGCCCGAGAAGCAGAACGAGGAUGAACUCGUCGGAAUGGGCCUAUACAGCAACCCGGAAGCUUCGCUGGGAAACUCGCUCUUAGGGCUUUCCGGCAAGGGGCUGAAGUUGGAGGAGACUUUCACCCCGUCUUCCGACAAUGAAGCCGAAGACCAGGACGAUGAAGAUGACCAGGAGGAUGAGGACGAUGAUGACGAACAAAAUCAGGAUGAGAGCCCCGUCAACAACAAGGGCACUGAUUCGAACCCUAAGCAGCCUGAGGCUGAGACUUUUCAACAACCGAUCAAAGCACCUACCAACAUGAUGCAAAGAUCCUUUUUCUUUGAUGACGACGACCUCGAGCAGCAUGCCGUGGUCGAUUCCCAGCCAUUCAUUAACAUGGCUAGCCAACCCUGUAUGAAUUAUGGUUAUGGAUGGAUUUGA